AUGAACUUGCAGGAUCUGGCUGUGCAUGCUCUUAAAAAAGAUGAGCCCAAAGCAACUGCCGGUUCCAGUAGUGUCUCUACACUGGACUCAUCUUCCUCCGAGAUGAGUUCAAAGAGUACCGACUCAGAGUCAUCCAACAGCUCAUCCUCAGAGGACAAGAAGAGGAAGAAGAAGGGGAAAGGGAGAAAGAAGGCAUCCAAGAUGGUUAAAAUGGAAAAAACACUGCAAAGAGCCCGGAAUCCCGAGCAGGCUUUGGCCCGGUACAAAAAGAUUCUUAAAUGCUACAAGAGGCUUGGAACCAUGUCUGGGGCAUUUCGAAAGGUCGGUGUUGACCGUAAUACAGUGGUGGUCAAUGCACCAAUCGCCGAGCUUUCCAUUGCUGCCCCAGACCAGUACAAGGAAGCUUUGAAAACGUAUACCCAUUCCAAAAAAUUGAAAGCAUUUGCGGAACACUGUGCCUUGACAAUUCUAGGCGAUGUAGAAAUAGUUGACGCAGUCAACACGCUUAAAGCCAGUGUGAAACGAUAG